AAAGUCGAGGAGAUGAAGGCGAUCAUCCGCGACUUUGCUAACAUUGCCGACUUCGUCACCAUCUAUAUUCGGGAAGCACACCCCGUGGAAGGAUGGCAAGUCUUCGGACACCGUUUCGAAGAUAUGAAGGAUCACAAGACACUUGAAGACAGGGUUGAGGCUGCUGAACUCCUCCGUGACUUUGACUUGAAGUGUCCAAUACUGGUUGAUCCGAUGGAUAAUCAGAACGGGCUUCAAUACGCGGCUGUGCCAGAACGUUUGUAUAUACUGUACGAUCAUACCGUCAUGUAUUUCGGAGCCGUCGGACCGGAGAACUACAAACCUGACGCUGUCAGGUCGUGGCUGGAAAGUUUUAGGAACGAGACGUAGAAUAUGAAAACAAGAAAUGACAGGAGUGAUAGACGUUGAGACAAAUUACUUUUGGAGCAAGCUCGUCUGAGUGGUAAAAUCCCAUAUAACACUGGAUCUUUACAAACGUAUAUUUGUAGGAUACAUAUAACUUCAAAGUAGUAUGUUGGAAAGGGAAGUCAUUCAAACAGUGUAGACAAUGCGGCCUCAUUUUCUCUACAUUGUUGGAAUUACUUCAUCCCCCCAUAUGUAUAUAAGAGUACAGAAUACUAUAAGAUAUAAAUAGUGUUUGGUAGUUUUAUAUU